AUGAGACCCGACUGGCUGAACGGCACAAAUCUCACUCGCUUCGACGUACCUGGCCUCGAUAACGAGAUCUGGGCCGACUCAGCCGGCAUCGCCUGCGAGGACUACAGCGUCAUGGCUGGCUGCGUUCUGGGAGGUGGUACUGCUGUCAAUGCUGGUCUGUGGUGGAGAGCUAAUCCGGAGGACUUUGAUUACAACUUCCCUGCUGGCUGGAAGUCGGCCGACAUGCAGCCUGCUGUCGAUCGUGUGUUCGAGCGUAUCUCGUUCACUGACAGGCCGUCUAUGGAUGGUAUCCUGUACAAGCCUCAAGGUUAUAAUAUUGUCGGUGGUGCAUUGGCUGCUGCUGGAUGGCAAAAUGUGACCGCCGAUAAUGUUCCGGGCAAGAAGAACAUGACCUUUUCGCACCCCAACGAGAUGUUUUCUAACGGCGAACGCGGCGGACCUAUGGCUACAUACCUUGUAACUGCGAACAAGCGCAAGAACUUCAAGCUCAUCAUGAACACCGCUGUCAACCGUGUCGUUCGUGACGGCAGCCGCAUCACUGGUGUCGAUACUUCAGCCUACCUCGCUGGUGGCCAAUGCGGCACGAUCCACGUCACCUCAAAUACUGGAAAGGUCAUCCUAGCCGCUGGUGCUUUUGGCUCGCCCAAGAUUCUGUUCCGCUCUGGUAUCGGCCCACAGGAUCAGCUCGAGAUCGUGAAGACUGCCGAGGGAGCUGCUAUGGUCAAUUCGUCGCAGUGGAUCAAUCUGCCUGUUGGGUACAAUCUUGAUGAUCAUGUCAAUACUGAUGUGGUCAUCACACAUCCAAACGUGAGCUUCUACGAUUUCUAUGGAGCGUAUGACAACCCCAUCAAGGCCGAUGCAACCAAGUACCUAACUAGCCGCUCUGGGAUUCUUGCCCAGUCCGCUCCCAACCUUGCUGUGGUAGCGUGGGAGGAAAUUGAGGGUGACGACGGCAUCACUCGUCAGCUUCAGUGGACUGCUCGUGUGGAAGGUGGCGAUGGUGUGACAAGUAACCAAUCUAUGGUCAUCUCCCAGUACCUCGGCCGCGGCGCAACAUCUCGCGGCAGGACUACAAUCAACGGUGCUCUCGACAUGAAAGUGUCGCAGGUGCCAUACCUCCAGAACACACAUGACCUAGCGGCUGUUAAGGCUGGUGUGCAGUCUUUGAUCAGGUCACUUUCGACCGACCCGGCAAUCAAGGUCAUGUUCCCGUCCUAUAACGAGACGAUCGAUGAGUGGCUCGCGGCCUACCCUUUGACGACUAGCAAGCGUAGUGCCAACCACUGGAUGGGUAGCUGCAAGAUCGGUCUCGAUUCGGGUCUUACAAAUAACGGCUCCUCGGUCGUUGAUACUAAUGCCAAGGUCUACGGCACAGACAAUCUAUUCGUGGUCGACGCCUCCAUCUUCCCUGGCAUGGUCUCGAAUAACCCGUCAGCACUUAUCGUUGCUGUUGCCGAGCGCGCUGCCGAACUGAUCCCCAAAGUUGCCGUCACAAGCACAUCACCCACCAACACAACCAGCUUGGUCAGCUCUUCUGCGCCAUAUGGGAACGGAACUUCGACAGGUGGCGCGGCGCUGCCUACUGGUACUGCUCCGUACUCUAUUUUUGUUCCCACUACGACCCUCGGCACUGUCUCCGUGGCUCCAAUAACUGCCUCGCUAAGUCAGUGCACAACGGUCGUAACUGUCCAUCGUAGCAAGAGCUCAAGCAGCGUCAUCCUACCCGCGACUUCUGUCGGAGCAGUCUUUACCUCGUCGGCGCCAUACCAUAUCUUAAAUGGCACGACCGUGGCACCCAUAGGCACUGGUACUGCACCAUUCACGACUUCCCUCCAGCCAACGAGCUCCGCGACAGCGGGAUCUGGCGGUGGUGAUGCUAUCGCUGAGUGGCAGCGCUGUGGCGGCUCUGGAUAUACUGGUAGUACUACUUGUGCUUCGGGGCUGAUCUGCAAGGCUUGGAACCCAUACUAG